GCCCCGCGCCGAGGAGGUGCAGAAGGAGGGCUCCCGCGUGAAGCCCGUGGGGAAAGACCCGUGGAAGGGCGGCAAGGGCGGCAAGGGCGGCAAGGACCAGGAGCCCGGCGGCCCGAUGCUCUUCGGUCAGAAGCUGUACGGCCCGCCCGCCCUCAUGUCGCAGACCAGCCGGGCCGCAGCCGCGGCGGCAGCCGCGCCCGGACGCACGCACGCGGCGCAGGCGGAGGGGCCCAGCUGGGCGGGGGCGGGCGAGCAG